AGACGAAGAGACGCAAGCUCCUCGCCGCAUAUCCGAGCGCGGCGCCCUAUCAGAUCGAGCCCGAUACCAAUCCGGGGGGUUCUCCAACGUCUCGACGCCCACACCACCGUGUGCGUAUGCUUGUCUCAGGACCAGUUUCUUGCCUAUUCUUUACUAGCAGGCGAUUUAUCAUGCUGUCAACGUGGUGUCUUGCAUCAGGCUGCGGGGUAAGGACCAGUUUCUUGCCCUUUUGGUUGUUGGGCGCCAUGACAAACGAUCUCGACAACCACAAUUACAACGCCACGACACACGGUCGUUCCCGUCUGCCGGUCGCCGUGACUAUCUCCAAUGGAGGCCGGCGUCGGCCUAGACCUGGCAUGCGGAAGCUGGCAUGAUUUGUGUGGGUCUGUCUGGCCGAUGGACGACUGGAACGAUCCGUUCACUGGCUGCUGGCAACUCCAAGGUAUAAAGAGGUCCCGUGAGGGCUGUGAUGCCUUGGCUUCUCUCCUUUGUCCGACGCACAGCACA